GGACAGGACAGGGCAGGAUGAAAAAAAUCACCCUGUGGACACCUCUGCUUCCUAAUCAAACUAACUAGGCGUGAUUUUCAUUUCAAAGAUAAAAAAUUGAGAUAUCAACUUAAUAUGUUGAAAAGAUGUUUUAUAGACUUUUUGGAUAAGUUCGUUGCUUUAUUUUUUAAAUAAUGUGAAUUUAAAUGGCGUUUUUAAAAGUAAAAAUAACUGAAACUGAAUGAGUGUAUUCGACGUAAAGAAGUUGAUGAGUCUUAUAUAUGCAAUAUUUCAUUAAUCGUACUCUCUAGAGUGUCAUUUUAAAAUAGCUAUUGCUCGUAGAGUCGCUUUCGACGUUAAGUCUUGAACAACAUUCAAAAAAUACUUGAGUCAAAAGAAUGGUCAGCUUUUCAAUUUCUGUUAGCUUCUACCAAGAAUUCUGUGAAAAAUCCAAUUUUUGCUUGAUUCUAAACUCUUAUCUGAGAAGAGAAACUUCAUGCUAUGAAAUGCCAUUAUACUGGAAUCUGGGCACAAAGUGAGGGUACCCAUUUUACGUCUUUUAAAAUCUUCUACAACAUUCGACGGCUGCGACUGAAAAAUUCUAUUCUUUUCUUUUCAUUUUAUAGUUGAUACUUGAGACUAAUACUAUCGUCGUUUUCUUUUGUCAGAUUUUUUCCAAAAUUUAGUCCUGAGAUAUGCAUGAAGUCAAUAAAUUUUCAACGAAAUUGAAAAACUUAAAACUGUAUUUCACAUUCUCUCCCAGUAAGAUAGAAUGCCAUAAGUGUUGGAGACAUGCCGCCGCAUUCACACUUUGAGAGAAUGUAAAAUGAAGUGAUGGUACCCAUGUGCAUGCAAGUUUUGAUGACAGUGUUGAUCUAGGUGUAUGGAUGUGGUCUAAGAGCUGCAUCGACACUCACACAAGAAAGCAGUGUCCGUUAGAACCGAAAUAUACAAAGAAUAGUGAAUGAUAGAUAUAUAAUUAUAUUCUUCAGUUCUUUCUCCCUGUGAAAUGCAUCACUUUAUGUUGAAUGAAGAAUAUUUGUAUUAAAAUUCGCACUUUCGUCGGCUCGUCCCAUUAUUCACUACUGAAAAUGUUAUCAUGUGUUAAAAGUAUUUUGCUACGAUAUGCUCACAAAUUUCAUUGAAAUCAUGCACUAGUUUUUAGGAAUUUACUAAACUCACAAUCUCUUCCGCGUAUGACAGUGUAACUUAGUAUUUUUAUUUAGAGCCUCAAGAAUUCGAUGUUCCUAGUAAGAAACUAAAUUGUAGAGGCCGUUCUUGUGCUCGGUGUCACAAGUGUCGUGAUUGGCAUUUUACUGGCAAUCAAGCCACUUGGAAUUGGACAUGCAAUUACAAGAAUUGGCAACCAAAAGAUAAGGACCGUUGGCGCAAUGAUCGUAUUUGCGAUCUUUUUGAGAGGCGUGCUGGUGCCACAUGUUAUCUUGAUGGUUAUGAUCUUGAUAGUCGUUAUCUUAGUUAUCUUUAUCUUAGUGGUAGUCUUGAUCUUUAUCUUAGUCAUUUGUGCUUGUGUGAACUUCAUUAA